AUGGGCUUCGAAACCAGAAAUUUUGGCAAUGUUAGACCGGACGCAGAGUUACUAGACAGUAUCGACUUCAGUGGCAAGUUCAACUGGAAGGUCAUCCUCAUCCAGCCACACACUACAUCGCAUCCAAUUAAGUCCACUUUGACGGACUCCAACCUCUCGUUUCCGGCGACACCUAGUUCACCUGGAGAGCUCCAAUACUUUCCUCUCACUACAGUACACUCAGUAUCUGGCCAGCCGUUUUGGUAUCAACUAACCUUUUCUCCCGUCACUGUUGACCAAACCAAUCUACGCUGCGACAUUUAUACCAACAGUCCCAAGGGGUCUUUUAAAUUUGAUAGAACUACUAAAGAUUACCUUGAAAAAGAGAUACAGGAGAACCUACUAGCUUUUGAGAACCAGUACAAGCAGCUUAUCACUUCUGGAGAAAAGGCAAUUGGCAACGGCCACCAAGCAAACAUUGCUGCUGCGGUCGAAAUUCAUCGGCGUCAGGAGGCGUUGCGAGGAUACGAAAUUAAGCCCGCUGCGCUGAAGCAGCAAGAUGGUGACGAAAAGCUCUCGAAAGCCGAACGAAGCCACGUUAGCUCAUUCUCACAUUAG